AUCUACAUGUUGGAAUCAUGUCCUGUAGAUGAACAAGUCCAGAUGGCGCAUGAUCACUUGUUGCCUCUUGUUGAGAAAAUCCACCCAAACUUGGCAAAUAAGAUCACCUGGAUGCUUGCAGGGAACCAGAACAAUUAUGAAAUCAUGAAUAUGAUCAGCGAUCCUGAGCUCCUGUAUGCCAAAGUGGAUGAAAUGGACGCGAUCCUGAAGGCGAGGGAAGCUGGUCUCAAGCCGGAAGCCAUCAAGAUGCUGUUCGGUGACGAGAACAAGAAAAGAAGGAAGAAGAAGAAUAGAUUUUAAAAAACACUGCACCCGUAAUG